AAGGGAAGAUGAAAGACCGACUUCAAGAAUUAAAACAGAAAACCAAGGAAAUCGAACUCUCUCGGGACAGUCAGGUGUUUGCAGAAGCAGACGACCAAGGUGUGCUUGUCCAGCAAGCUGUUAUUUAUGAGAGAGAGCCUGUAGCUGAGAGACACCUACAUGAGAUCCAAAAACUGCAGGAGACUAUUAACAGCUUUGCUGAUGAUGUUCAAAAGUUUGGACAGCAACAGAAGAGCCUGGUGGCUUCCAUGAGAAGGUUUAGCCUACUUAAACGAGACUCGACCAUUGCAAAGGAGAUAAAAAUCCAAGCAGAACAGAUUCACAGAGCACUGGGUGAUUUGGUUAAAGAAGUAAAAAAGUCAGAGGUUGAAAAUGGUCCGUCAUCAGUGGUCACAAGGAUACUGAAGUCUCAGUAUGCCGCAAUGUUCCACCACUUUCAGCAAACUAUGUUUCUCUACAACGACACAAUCGCUUCAAAGCAGGAGAAGUGCAAGACAUUCAUUGUCCGCCAGCUUGAAGUGGCUGGAAAGGAAGUGUCUGAAGAGGAAGUGAAUGACAUGCUUCAUCAUGGGAAAUGGGAAGUUUUCAACGAAAGCUUACUCACAGAGACCAGCAUCACUAAAGCACAGCUCUCGGAGAUUGAACAAAGACACAAAGAGCUUGUGAAUCUGGAGACCCAAGUGAAGGACCUCCGGGACCUCUUCAUUCAGAUCUCUCUUCUGGUAGAGGAGCAAGGAGAAAGCCUCAACAACAUUGAGGUAAUGGUGACCAGCACAAAAGAUUAUGUCAUCAAUACCAAAGAGAAAUUUGGACUCGCUGUAAAAUACAAAAGAAGAAACCCCUGCAGGGUCCUGUGCUGUUGCUGUCCAUGCUGUGGUUCCAAAUAAAGAAACUGCUCAGGGUUUAGGGGUGAGGU